AUGGCUUCGAUCUUCACUUACGACCCCGACCCGCCCAAGGUGGAAUCCCCAUGGCUUCGGCCGCAGGACUCCGGAUCCAAGCAGACGGAUCAUAACGCUGGGGCCGGGUCUGGAUCCGACCUCCAAAUUAGCUCGCUGUCUGACUAUAGCGUUCACAAGCUGGAGGCCGAGCCUCAAAGCGGGCCGACAGAGUACAAGCUUCACCUCUUGCUGAGACCUCGGCGGGCGUACAGGUACAUGUCUACGACUACCAAGACGGUCGGUAUCCAGCCCAGCCAGACCAAGGAUGCUUCUGGGAACGCGGCGCUUGUCGGGGCCCCAGGGCCGAGCCAGCCGCGUCAGCAGAGGCUGCUACAUCUCACCACACAGCUCCUAUGGCGUCUUCAGCAGUCGUCUCCAUACCAUGCCUCAAGCUCCAAGGAGAUUCCCAUGCCUAAGCUGCCUGACGACAGUGUCAUCGACCUGGAAUCUGCCAAGGAGGAGUUUGGCGGCCUAGUACCCGGGCUCGAAGAAUCCAGGGGCGCUCUAUACGAGAUCGGCGUGUUCGACGACGGAACGCUCGUCGGGCUGACAAAGGACGAGAUGGAUGAAAGCCUCAAGACGCUGAGGGUCAUGGCCGCAAGUCUCGGUUGCUCCGUGCAGGUCCUCCGCAUGGUGAUUGUGGGCGACUGCGAAUGGGUCGAGCCUACCGGUUGCACGGAUGAGUUAGAUCUGACAACGUCCGCCGAUGCCACAAAGGAGGCCAGACUAUGGGUUGCAGAGGCUCUUGUGAUGCCAAAUCUUGGAUCGGAGGACCAGCGACGCGGGAAGAAGGGUAGCAGUGGCAAUAGUCUCGCGGAGAACUCCCAAUCAGAGGCUCAGACCGUGCUACCCAGCAAGGGUAGCUCUCAGACUCCACAGCUGAGAGUCACCUUUACGGGCCCAACCACUUCAGGAAAGUCGAGCCUGCUGGGCACGCUGUCAACCGGGACCUUGGACAAUGGUCGAGGCAAGAGCCGGCUUGGUCUGCUCAAGCACCGGCACGAGGUCAUGUCUGGCGUGACGAGUUCAAUUGCCCAGGAACUCAUAGGAUAUCGGGACCUGCACAUCCUGAACUUCUCCCAGAGCAAUAUUGAAUCAUGGACAGAUAUUCACGAUUGCGCCGAGGGCGGGCGACUUGUCUUUGUCUCAGACUCGGGUGGCCACCCGCGAUACAGACGUACUGUGCUUCGCGGCCUCAUGAGCUGGGCGCCGCACUGGAGCGUGCUGUGCAUAGCGGCUGACGAUUCUGACACCGGGGUUAGGAAUCCGGGCGAGACGUCAACCGCCCGGGAUGUGCUUGGCGAAGCGGCGGCCGGCGUGGACCUGGUGAGGGCGCAUCUGACGCUGUCUCUCAAGCUGAAUGUGCCUCUGGCCGUGGUCAUCACUAAGCUGGACCUGGCGUCCAAGGCUAGUCUCCACAAGACCAUGUCCAAGGUUCUUACGGCCAUCAAGGACGCUGGCCGCACGCCUAAAAUAGUCCAGCCGGACCAAAAACAGCCGGGUCUGGACCUCGAGCGAAUUCCUAGGGCCGACCACGACAAGAUCCAAGGCACCGUGCAGAGCAUGCUUGACUGCGGGAGCUUGACGCAGUACGUGCCUAUUGUGCUGACGAGUGCCGUCAAGGGCAUCGGGAUCGGCCUCGUGCACGCACUCCUGGAGGGGCUCCCCCUGCCGCCGCCGCCGACGUCCCGAGACUAUGUGGGCAUGGCGCUAAACCCUGAGCAACCGAGCAGCCUGUUCCAUAUCGACGACACCUUCAGCCUUCCAGCUUCGUAUAGGACGCUGGCUGCGGGACCAAGGCAACAGGCCGACAGGGGCGUGGUGGUCUCUGGCCAUGUCCGGUUCGGGAGUUUGUCCAUCGGCGACAAGAUCGUGGUCGGGCCGUUCCCGCCGAGUGAAGACGAGUCACGUAGCUUCGCGACAGAGGAUAAGGCCUCGCCGGGCAACUACGGACUCUCCAUCUCGCACCCGUUCUCGUCGCAGCUGGCCAGAGUGGCCAUGAAGAACGCCGUAUCGGCGUCGUCGACGACCGGUGAGUGGCACAGGGCCCAGAUUGCCAGCGUACGAAACCUCCGGCUUCCGGUGCGUACUCUCGAGGCCGGGCAGGCCGGGUCAGUCGGUCUCGUGUUUGAGUCUUCUGGCCAGGGAAAUGAGGUGGCCAACCUUGGACACGCAGCGCCAGCUACGCCGCCACCGCCGGCGCCACGCAUCCGCAGGGGAAUGGUGCUAGCUAUCUUGUCAGAGCACACGGCGUCGAUGGGCCUGUCGCUACAGGCGGCUAGCGGCUUCACGGCUGCGUUCAAUAACGACCCGGACAUCGCCUCACUUGCCCCGGGGUCAUUUGUUAAUGUCUAUGUCGCGAGCGUGAGGGCGGCGGCACGCGUUAUGAGGAUAACGCACCCGAGCCAGUCCGGUACCAUGGCGCACGACGUCGACAGCGUCUUCAGCCUGAGCGAAGACAUGGAGAGGCACCAGGGUGACGUGGAUACUGACCAGAUUAGUGGAACGCAAGUCUCUCUCGAGCUGCUUCAUAAUCGCGAGUGGGUCGAGAUGGGAUCGCCUGUUAUCCUUUUGGAGGGUGGAAGCCAGGACAGGUCCGGGUUAGAAGGGUAUGUUGGAAGGAUCAUCGAGAUUGUUGAUUGA